AUGGAGUUGAACUUCAUAACAACAUUAAUAAAACACGAUGUGAAUCACAAUGUGAAACAGUGCUUCAAAUCAAAGAAACCUUUCAUAAGCAGAAAGGAAGAGGUAAUGGCGAUAAAAAACAAAUUUCCCACCAAAAUACCCCUAAUAGUAGAAAGAUAUCAUAAAGAAAGAAAUCUACCAACGUUGGAUAAAUCAAAGUUCUUAGUUCCUGAAGAUAUCACCAUGUCACAGUUUCUAGUUAUAAUACGAAAUAGGAUACGAAUCAAACCAAACCAAGCCUUAUAUCUGAUAAUAAACAACAAAUCAAUGCUGAGUAUGAGUCUGACAAUGGCACAGGCAUACGACAACUAUGGUGAUGAAGAUGGGUUCCUGUACAUCACCUACGCGUCACAAGAAGUCUUUGGAUAUAAAGAUGAAAUGAAUAUCAAGCAGUCUAACCAAGAGGUUCAGGCAAUCAGACAUAGGUUUCCAAAUAAAGUGCCCCUAUACGUGGAGCGAUACUCGAGAGAACGAGAGGUGCCCGCUUUAGGCAGAAACAAAUUCCUAGUGCCACAAGAGCUCACAAUGUCCCAGUUCCUUUACAUAAUACGGACAAAGAUGAAAUUAAGAGAAUCACAGGCGCUGUAUUUGCUGGUGAACGACAAAGUGCUCGCAAGUCACAGUAUGACGAUGGCGCAGGCGUACGAGCAGUUUCGAGCACACGACGGCUACUUACACAUCACGUACGCCGCACAGCAAGUUUUCGGAUGA